GUAACUAUCUCCUGUUCUUCUUUUGCAUCCUGGCCGACAGUCACCAAUCCUUGCAGCCAGUGGAUUGCUUUUGCAGACGUGAGGGUUGAACGCAGUUUACUUUGCUUUGGACAUCACAAGAUGGCAAGUCCAGCCCAUUGCAUCUACUGCUUUGAGUGCCUUGCUGCCUCUUAUAAACGCCAUGAGCCCAUCGAUCUCGCAGCUGUUGAGGAGCUGUGGGAGCGAUACGAGCAGUCCAAAAAGCUUGCGUCUCUUCAGGACAUUAAUAACACUGUUUCUCAAAGGGAUAGUGCCGACCUUGGACGGGAGGUCGUAGUGGAGGAGGAUGACGAUGACGAUGAUGCUAACGAGGAACUCGACACAACGCAGCGCGGCUCAAUGAAGUCGAAGAGUAGCCGUCCGCAGUCAAUCAAGCUACCCAGUGUCAGUCGCCUUCAAAACCAAUUGUCUUCAGACUCCUCGAGCGUCUCUACUACUCCAUCAGUCAUGUCCAGCAAUUCAUCUCGCUCGAUUCUAUCCAGCUCCACUACCGCCACGACCCCGGUUUCAGAAUCUACGCAACCUGAGAUGGCAGAGAUGCGGCAACAAAGGUUGAAAAACCAACGUUAUCCAUUGUUUGUGACAUGGGAUACUCUGUCGAAGAACGGCCACAAGUCCCUUCGUGGGUGUAUUGGUACAUUCGACGCGCAGGAGCUCGCCGAAGGCCUCAGAACCUAUGCUCUUACUUCCGCGUUCGAGGAUUCUCGUUUCGCUCCGAUCCCACUGUCGCUUCUACCAUCAUUAUCAUGUUCCCUGACUCUGCUCGGUUCCUUUGAGCCCUGCACUGAUGCUCUGGAUUGGAUACUUGGUGUGCAUGGUAUCCGCAUAUCUUUCAUUCACCGCGGCCGGCGCUAUGGCGCCACUUAUUUGCCCGAUGUGGCCGUAGAGCAAGGUUGGACGAAAGAGGAAACCCUGGAAAGCCUGAUGCGGAAAGCUGGGUGGGACGGAGUGACCACGGGAGGUGUUGCACGGCGGCUCCUAAGAGGAAGCAGCAGCAGCGGCCACUCUGGCUCCAGCAAGCCAUGGGAGCAGGUUUCGGACUUUCGCGUCGUGAAAUAUCAGGGUCUCAAGGCUAGUGCCAGCUACGCGGAAUGGCAAGAAUGGCGGGAAUGGGUCGUGUCCUUGAAGGACGGGAGCGCAGAAUUGUUGUGCCCGACCGCUCGGUGAUUCAUCUACGAUUGAUACGAUCUACCUCAUGAAUGCGGUGUGUCUGCGCUGGCAGACAUUCGCUAUGAUGAUACUUACCGAAAUAAUGAGGAAUGUGUUUUAUGAGGAUCUUGGUAAAGGCGCCUUUUGGCUAUUUUUUGUUUUGGAAGUAUCGAGGGUCUCUAUGAUUUAUAUACUAUAACAAUAUACCUUCCCUCUGAUGGCGAUUCCUUUUGGAGUGUGUCCUGGGACAGUCUCCAA